AUGUCAAACAGGUUUAAGGGCUCCAGUACUGGUCAUUAUGUUCGCGCAGGGGCCGGCGGCCAGCCCAACACAUACGGGCUUACUGCCCAUCAACUGCUGCAGUCGAAGAAGGUCGACGAUAUUGACGCGAUGAUGGGCUUUGAAAGACAUAUCUCUCCACAAGAUGGAGCAGGCGCUGGUAAUUCUGAGCGUAUAGGGUGGCUGUGCAAUAUGCAUCCGACUGUUGUGGCGGACGAACUGAAUGCAGGCGCAUCGGGAGUGGGGGUUGCGGGCGUGGAUUUCUAUUUUCUAGACGAAGAAGGAGGCUCCUUCAAAAGCACAAUCCUGUAUGAUCCCUACUUCUUGCUCAGCUGCCAGGACUCAAAUCGGGUUCAUGAUGUCGAAGAAUUCCUAAAAAAGUAUCUAGAGGGCUGUUUAAAAACUGUUGAGGUGGUUCAGAAGGAUGAUCUGGCUAUGGACAAUCACCUGGUAGGGUUGAAACGCACGCUUCUAAAGCUGAAUUUCGUAAAUACGAACAACUUAUUUGAGGCGCGCAAGCUGCUGAGGCCGAUUCUUAAGGAUAACGAGGAAAAUCAACAGCAAAGGGAUAUAUAUUCGCUGAACGACACAACCAAUAGGCGAGAUGCAAAAAUGCUGAUAGACGAUAUCCGCGAAUAUGAUGUCCCUUAUCAUGUUCGAGUUUGUAUUGACAAAGAGAUACGGGUCGGUAAGUGGUACAGGGUGACAUCGGGCGGCUUAGUGGAAUAUACUGACAAAGUCGCAUUUGCCGAUCCUGUCGUGCUUGCAUUUGAUAUUGAGACUACAAAAGCUCCACUGAAAUUCCCGGACUCCGCAAUUGAUCAAAUCAUGAUGAUUUCGUACAUGAUUGACGGCGAAGGUUACCUGAUUACUAACCGCGAAAUUAUCUCUGAAGAUAUUGAGGAUUUUGAAUAUACACCUAAGCCCGAAUAUCAAGGGCUUUUUACUGUCUUCAACGAGGAAGACGAGCGCUCGUUAUUAGAACGAUUUUUUGAGCAUAUACGAGACGUGAGGCCAACUGUGAUCUCUACCUUUAACGGUGACUUUUUUGACUGGCCGUUUGUGGAAGCACGCUCAAAAAUACGAGGUCUGAGUAUGUUCGAUGAAAUUGGCUUUGCCCCGGAUUCAGAAGGCGAAUAUAAGUCCAGCUAUUGUGCCCAUAUGGAUUGUUACCGUUGGGUGAAACGUGAUUCGUAUCUUCCCCAAGGUUCUCAAGGUUUGAAGGCAGUUACGCAGGUGAAACUUGGCUAUAACCCAAUAGAACUUGACCCAGAAUUGAUGACGCCAUAUGCCUACGAGAAACCGCAGCACUUGUCUGAAUACUCGGUUUCUGACGCCGUGGCCACAUACUACCUGUACAUGAAGUAUGUCCACCCGUUCAUUUUUUCCUUAUGCACAGUUCUUCCGCUAAACCCAGAUGAGGUAUUAAGAAAAGGUACUGGAACUCUAUGUGAAAUGCUGCUCAUGGUGCAAGCAUAUGAUCAUGGAAUUUUACUCCCUAAUAAGCAUACUGAACCGAUAGAGCGUUUUUAUGAUGGUCAUUUACUGGAGUCAGAGACCUAUGUGGGUGGACACGUCGAAUCUCUCGAGGCGGGUGUCUUCAGGAGCGAUAUUGACUGUGACUUCACGAUUGAUUCAACGGCAAUAGAUGAAUUACUGCAAGAUUUACCACACGCACUGAAAUUUUGCAUUGAGGUGGAGAAUAAGACUAAAGUAGAAGACGUACUUGACUUCGAAGAUAUCCUAAACACCAUAACAGAACAGCUUCAAGAGUUGAAAAUGAAUAAUAAGAGAAAAGAACUUCCGCUGAUCUAUCAUGUUGAUGUUGCAUCUAUGUAUCCUAAUAUUAUGACCACAAAUAGGCUACAACCUGAUAGUAUGAAAACAGAGCGUGACUGUGCUAGCUGCGAUUUCAACAGGCCUGGGAAAAAGUGUGAUAGACGAUUAAAAUGGACAUGGAGGGGCGAAUUCCUCCCUGCAAAAAUGGACGAGUAUGCUAUGGUUAAAAGAGCUCUAAUGAACGAAGUGUUUCCUAACAAGUACAAAAACACUACUAAAAAACUACUAACAUUCGAUGAACUGAGCUAUUCUGAGCAGGUUUCACAUAUAAAAAAGAGGCUCAGCGAAUACUCUAGGAAGGUGUACCAUAGAGUGAAGGUGACAGAGUCUGUCGUGCGUGAGUCUAUCGUUUGUCAGCGGGAAAAUCCUUUCUAUGUUAAUACUGUAAGAUCUUUCCGUGAUCGCCGGUACGAAUUCAAAGGGCAUGCGAAGACCUGGAAAAAGAAGCUUUCUCAAAUCGAUCCAGAGGAUAAAGUUGCUCGUGAUGAGGCAAGGAAGAUGAUUGUUUUGUAUGACUCGCUUCAAUUGGCGCAUAAAGUUAUCUUAAAUUCAUUUUACGGUUAUGCCAUGAGAAAAGGUUCACGGUGGUACUCAAUAGAAAUGGCAGGAAUUACUUGCUCGACAGGUGCGACUAUUAUCCAAAUGGCCCGUGCUCUGGUAGAAAGAAUAGGAAGACCGUUGGAGUUAGAUACUGACGGUAUCUGGUGUAUAAUUCCAAGAUCUUUCCCGGAGAACUUCGAAUUCACAUUGAAAAAUGGCAAGAAGUUGUACCUGUCUUAUCCGUGCUCAAUGUUAAACUACAAAGUGCAUCAAAGCUUUACCAAUCAUCAAUACCAGGAGCUAGUGAACGAUGCAAAGCACAAGUACAAGAUCUCUAGUGAUAAUUCGAUUUUUUUCGAAGUGGAUGGCCCAUAUAAAGCUAUGAUCCUACCUACAUCAAAAGAAGAAGGGAAGGGUAUAAAAAAACGUUAUGCUGUGUUUAAUGAAGAUGGCUCUUUGGCUGAGCUCAAAGGUUUUGAAUUAAAGAGACGUGGAGAGUUGCAGUUGAUUAAAAACUUUCAGCAGGAUAUAUUUAAAGUUUUUCUGGAAGGUAGAACUUUGGAGGAAUGUUACGGUGCAGUCGCAAAGGUUGCAAAUAGAUGGCUAGAUAUCCUUGAUUCGAAAGGCAGUAUGUUAGAAACAGAAGAUUUGAUUGACUUGAUUUGUGAGAAUAAGAGCAUGUCCAAAAAAUUGAAAGAAUACGAUGGACAAAAGUCCACUUCUAUUACGACAGCCAGAAGAUUGGGUGAAUUCUUGGGUCAGGAAAUGGUUAAAGAUGCAGGCCUCCAAUGUAAGUUUAUUAUUAGUUCUAAACCUGCAAAUGCGCCUGUCACUGAGAGAGCUAUUCCAGUCGCCAUUUUUUCUGCUGAUCAUAAUAUUAAAAAGUUAUUCCUGAGAAAGUGGUUAUUAGACUCUUCAUUGGAUAACUUUGAUCUUAGGGCUAUAUUAGAUUGGAACUACUAUAGAGAGCGUCUUGCAUCUGUUAUUCAAAAGAUUAUCACCAUACCUGCCGCUUUACAGAAUGUAAACAAUCCAGUUCCUCGAGUAGAUCAUCCCGAAUGGCUAAGGAAGAAAAUUGCCACAAGUGAAAGCAAAUUUAAACAGACAUCUAUUGGUAGGUUCUUUAAAAAAUCGAAUGGAAUGCCGGAAAUUGCUGAUAUUGAAGACAAUGCUUUUUCAACCGAGAGCAGCAGUGGCGCUAAAGUAGCACGGGUGGUUACCAAGAAGAAACGCAAACGGGAAAAUGAAACAAAGGAUAACCAGCCUGUACUACCUUCUGUAAUGCCAGCAAUUGAUGAAGAUUAUGUGGGAUGGCUAAACUACCAAAAAAUCAAAUGGCAACUACAAGCAGAAGAAAGGCACCGGCGAAAACAACUUUUUGGUUCUAGCUCUACGCUCAAUGAUAGGUCUGCACUGGGAAAUAUUAUUAAGAAGCAUGCCGAAUCCUAUGCUAACUCCGAUUGGGAAAUAUUACAGUACAAAAACUCUUCAGAACCUGGUGUAGUAGAGGUGCAUGCUUUAAUAUCGGGAAAAGUACAGUCUCUAAAAUUUCACAUCCAUAAGACGGUCUUUCUGAAGUUUAAGACAGACACUCUUCCCCCGGGUGGGAUACCUAAUUGUGUCAUAGAGAAAAGUAAUGCGAUACUUCCGAAUACUAAAGAAGACUCUUAUAACACCUCCAGUUCUCUGUUUAGGGUAACAUGUCCCGAAACAGUCUUUUUAGAUGAGCAAAAUAAGGUGUCGAGCGUUUUCAACAGCGGAAAUAUUCUCGGCAUUUAUGAAAGCACUAUUCCUGCCAGUGAAAGAGCUAUAAUGGAACUUGGUAACGCCGUUAAGUUUAAGUCCAAUGUUAUGGGUGCCUUGAGUAAAGGACUACAGCAUGGAUUUCAGGCCAAGAAUUUAUUAAGCGUCACUUCCGAGAGAUAUUUGCAAAGGUUUGAUCUGGAGGUGAUAUAUUUGCUAAAUUUAACGACCAACUUGGGCUAUGAAUUUUUUGUGCUUUUUAAUGGAUGGGGUGACCAAGCCAAAGUUUUUGUUCUGAAACCUUCUAUUGCUGCUCAGGAGCUGUCUAGACAUGCGCUUGAAGCUGCCUAUGAGCAGCAAUACUUGAAAAAGGUCAAAAACUUUGAAAAAUUCAGGCAUUACUUUAUGCCUGCAGAAAGUGCCAAAUUUGAGUUACAUCAUUUUACCGACAAGUCUGUCCUCUUGCGUUCCUUAUCAAAAGUUGUAUCCUCAUGGAGUGAGUUGAAGGGUUCGCAAUUGCUCCUGCUUCUACAAUCACCAACCCCAUCAAGGCUCUUAAAAUCCAUCCGUAUCUUAAACCAGUUACCAGUAGUUCAGCUUUCGACCUGCGAACUAGCUUUUCCAACUUUGAACUGGCAGGAUCAAUUGAUAAAGAAAACAGUCAGUCACAUUCUUCAACUAGGUUCUUGGCUCUCGAACUUGACGAUUUUAUCGAACUACACAAGAAUCCCAAUUUGCAAUCUGAAUUUGACGAAUCUAGGAUAUGUUAUUGAUAUUAUGUAUGCGCGGAGACUAAAAUUAGAAAACAUUGUGCUGUGGUGGAACCAGAAGCAGCCUUUGCCUGAUCGGGGAGGCAUUCAGAACGAGUAUAAUCCACAUACUCUUUCUCUGGCAACCGAUUUAACCUCGCCCGUUAUUAAUAAUCCUGAAUUCUACGAUUCUGCUGUUCUGGAGAUUGAGGUAAACAAUUUACUUGUCAAUACUAUCUUAACCUCGACCUUAAUUAACGAAGCAGAGGGAGGUGAUGUGGCCGGACCAGAGUCAGGCGGUCGUGAAGGCGGCGGUUUUGUCGAAGAUGCCUUUUCUACAGCUUCAGUCAACAUUCUCCGGUCCCUACUAAAGGAUUUGUGGGAUGAUGCCCUGCAAAAUAAUUCUACUGCAGAUUCACUAGUUCACUCAUUUAUUGGUUGGGUUCAAUCAGUGGAUUCAAAGUUGUUUGACUACACUUUGAGGUAUUAUGUCAACAUGCUGACGAAGAAAGCUUUGUUUCAAUUGAUUAAUGAAUUUCGGUUUAUGGGAUCUCAGGUUGUAUUCCUCGACAGAAACAAGAUACUUUUGAAAACUAGCAAAAAUACUAUCGAUAACUCUUAUGCCUAUGGGCAAUAUCUGAUAAAAGCUAUCCGUACAAGACCGUUGUUCAGUUACUUAGACCUGAAGAUAGUGCGCUAUUGGGAUAUACUGCUCUGGAUGGAUCAGUACAAUCAUGGAGGAUGUGCAUGUUUGAAAAUAGAAGAGAAAGAAAGGCAAGAUAUACAGGCAUAUUCCUCCUGGCAUAUUAAGAACUUCCUUGCGCCUAUCUAUCAACAAGAGUUUGAUGACUGGUUGGUAAUCAUACUUGAUAGUAUGAUUAAAUGUAAACAACAAUUUUAUGAACUUUCUGGCACCCAGCGGCUGACACAGCUUCCCAACCGCUCACAGGCAGCAGAUGAAGAUGAUGAAAACAGUGUAUUCGCUGGCUUCACUAAAAGAUUUUAUCAACCAUUUAUUAAUAGGAUAUCCAAACUGUACAAAACUCAACAGGAGUAUAUCCUUGAUCCAAAUUUCAGAGCUGACUAUAUCAUACCAGAUUUGCCUGGUCGAAAUCCAAAGAUGAAGGCUGGUAAUCCACUUUUGGAGCUAGUUAAAUCGCUUUGCCAUGUGUUGUUACUAUGCAAGGAACGGACGUUGGAAGUUAGGGCUCUGAGAAAAGAGGCUCUUGAGGUAUUUGAGAUCAGGGAGUUUGAUAGUUCUGCGUCCUUCGAGAACCCUGCCUCUUCCCUUAUAAUUAACAACUUCAUGUGUGAAAACUGCGCUUACUUCAGUGACCUUGAUAUCUGCAUGUCUGACUUAAGGUCUAUGUUCAAGUGUUCGAAAUGCUACCGGACUUUGCGGAAGCCUUUUAUUGAAGAGAAUCUAAUACAGAAGUUACAGAUACAAACCAUAGCCUACAUUUCGCAGGAUUUACGCUGUGCUAAGUGUCGCAAAAUAAAGUCCGAUACCAUGAGUGCAUAUUGUACAUGCUCUGGUAAGUGGGUUCAGACUAUAUCCAAAGACACUUAUUUAAAGAACGUCCAAUUGUUUUACCAUGUUGCAGAAUACUUUGGUUUUUCGCUACUAUUGUCAGCAAUUAAAGGCGGCAUCUAA